CAAAAUCAUCUCGCGACAGCCAACAUCAAUUUUACUUUGAAAAAAGGAAAAGAAUAAAGAAACCAUCAUAAUGGUCACUCUCUCUUUGCCUGCAUCUCUUGCCAUUACGCCUGAGAAGUCGGAGGCACUGAUUUACGCCUGGGUCGUUUUCAAUGGAUUACCUGAUUUCAGUACCCUUCAACAUAUAGCCGACAAGGCGGGCCUUCAGUUUGAAGUUGUUCGUUAUUGGUUUCAUUGCCGCCUAAAUCUUGAAGGUAUCCAGUAUGCUCUUGCGAAUACGCAGGCACAGAGCCUCCAUAUGCCAGCGCUCGAUGAAUACUAUAAGCUGGAGGAGUUUUCCUUAGCAUUACAGAGGGACCGAACUCGCCACCAAACUGAACAUCACCAACACCACCAACACACAACUGGACAAGCAGAAUUAUACAAAAAUCAAUCAAAAAGGCGUACAAAGACAACUCGUCCUUCUCCAGGUUCGAGGAAAGACACACGACGUGCUUCUCACACCCCUUCCAUGGCUGAGGAGGUGGUUACUUUAUCCAGUGACGAUGAACAGAUAACACAGACAUCUGCAGGGCGCAAGAAGAGGAGGCUCAGUGCAGCAGGGGUCAGUUGCUCAUCCUUGGCUCAAUACACCGAGGAUUUAGAAAAUGGCUGGCUUGAAAGUAUUUCGACUAAUGUGUCUUCUUCAGGGAAAACUAAGAAAACCGAGAUCGAUCAACAAGGUGCAGAUUCAGGGGCCAUGAUCAGCAGUGCUGGAAUUAACUUUCAAAAACCAUCCAAGGAGGCAGAGUCACAGAUAGUAAAGCGCAAGGCUAUUUGUCUAAGUUCAUCAGACGAAGAAACAGUGGAGGAACUAGUCUUGGAAGUGGGGCAGGCUCCUUUGAAUAGAGUUAAUGUCCCUAAAGUGGGUGAGAAUGAAAAAGAUUUCCCACAACCGAGAAGGCAGCAAGGCGUCAAUCAGAAUCUAGCAGUGGUGUCCAUGGAGAGAAACCAGUUUGCUGAUAUCAGCGAUAUGGAAAAAGGAACGAAUGAAGAUGCGAUCCCCCAACUUGAUUACAAUCAGGAGACACCUUUUGAUACUUUUAAUCUGACAAUACCAAGUAACCCAAUUCCUAUAGCGGAGAGCAGUGUCAUUACAGCACAAAGGGAUACCGACACCUUCGCUAAUGAGGAGUGUAUAAUAUGGACUGUAACAAACACGUAUGAUGAAAAGAUCAGCAGUAUGCUCGACGAUACAUCUUGGCGACAUGAGUUUUCAUCGAUCAAACCAAUGAAGAGACCAAAGAGCACAAGUAAUUCUAUGGAUGGCAUCUCCCCUGAUGUUGUAAUCAUUGAAGGUUCGCGGCCAGCAGAAGACUCCGCAUCAACUCAAGGCACACUAGUGGUGGACGGUCUUGAUUACACACCACCGCCGAAUACGAUACCACGCAUCUCACAAAUUAGCUUUCCAGACUUUACGCGAAAGAACAAACACCUGGCAUCUAAAGAAGCAUAUCACGAGCAAUCCCGAGGAAGGUCCAGAACUCGACGAGAGAAUAAAACACAUCGAAGCGCACAUUAUUCCCGUGGACGGCCUCAAGGUCGAUCGCGUAGCCGUGCUGUGCCGUCAUCCUAUCGAUCACAUUCACGUAUGUCAUUACACCAUCGCGAUAAAUCGAUUGAACCCGACUCUAACUUGAGAGAGGACCGAGUCGAUCAAUGGCUUUCGAAUUACACGAUAAGCCCUGAUGCGAAUGGGUUUGGUAGUAUGCAGGAGCAUAGGCACGGACGUUCUAGAAGGCGCGCCUCGUAUCAUGAAGAUUCUUUUCAGUCUUAUAGUGAUGAUGAUGAUACAGUACAAUCUUCAAGGGAGAGGUAUUAUUUUGAAGACUCACGAAGCCGAGCGCGAACUUCAAGUGGUCGAGAACGUUAUUCAGAUUAUAAGAGAUCUAGCAGCAUGAAGGAUGAAGUGUAUCCUGAUACAAAUGAGAAGACUAAGCGACGGCGACAUUCAACUAAGGCACAUCGCAGUCAUCGGUCUCGUUCACGCCAUCACAGAGUUAAAUCGGAUAGUGAUGAGGAAUCCUAUACUGACUAUUAUAAAGAUCGUCAUCGCGACAGAAGAUCUAGAAAAAGUCAUCACCGCCGUACCGACUCUGACUCUGAUACGGAUGAUUAUGAUUCUAGAGAGCAUCGCUCCAGAAGCAAUAGAUAUUAUCGUGACCAUUCAAAGACUCGAGAGGAGAUCGAGCCUGAGAUUGAAGAGAGCUCACGCAGACGAGGAGACUACUGUUACCCCAGUUCACAUAAUCGUGCAAACAGCCCAGAUAACGCAUCCUCUGUAACACGACGAGGCAGAGACAGAGCUCAAUCGAGGAAACGCAAUGAUAUCCCUUCCGAUGGCAGUCAUACAACAUACUUAGAAAAACAUCAUGAUGAGCGUGAGAGCCGAAAGUCCAACCGAAGAUAUUCCAGCCAUGAUAAGAAAAGCUUCGUAGGACAUCGCCCCAGUAACACUACAAAAGAUAUUGAACAAUCUAUCACAAAUACCCCCGUGGAGGCGCCAUCCAAGGUGAAACUGAUCGAUAUUCAAGCACCAUCGCAACCGCAAGUGGCUCCUCCAUCUAUGUUACCAAAUGGUGGGAAGCGUCUUUUUGUGGUGUCACAAAUUGUGCGUCCCACAUGAACGUAAGAGAUAAUAAUGCAAGAUAUUAAUAUAAACAUAAUAGUAAUCAUAGUUAGCAUUAUGAAAUAGCACUUUACAGAAGUGUACAUGUAUAAGAAUGUACUAUUUGACAAUGUAUUCAAAACAAAAGCAAUAAAGUGUUCUGC